UAAAAGUUUAUCAGAAUUAGACGACGGUAAAAUGAAUAGCGAAAAGGGUUUGUGGGAAGAGAAUAAUUUUUUAAGUGAGGAUGAUGAUAAAAACAGUGAGGUUAGUUAUUCCUCAUCAAUGGAGAAAGAAGGUGAACAAGUUAAAUCGAAAACUUCCUCAAGCUUUAGAUCUUCAUUAAAAAAAAGAGUUAAUAAUGCUAGGUAA